ACCAUAAGAACAUUCUAGAAUCCCAAAAACUCUAUUAUAUAAACACUUUCACAAUUCGCAUAUUACCCUAACACAAACUCUUUUCUCUCUUUUACAUUUUCUCGUAAACCAAACCCUAGCGUUCUUGAAUUCAUCAACAAUGGCCGGAAAAGGAGAAGGUCCUGCAAUCGGAAUAGAUCUGGGAACAACGUACUCGUGUGUUGGAGUAUGGCAACACGAUCGUGUUGAGAUCAUUGCUAAUGAUCAAGGGAACCGAACGACGCCGUCUUAUGUUGCUUUCACUGAUAGUGAAAGGUUGAUCGGUGAUGCUGCUAAGAAUCAGGUUGCGAUGAACCCUGUUAACACUGUUUUCGAUGCAAAACGUUUGAUUGGUAGGAGAAUUUCUGAUGCAUCUGUUCAGAGUGACAUGAAGUUGUGGCCUUUUAAGGUUAUUGCUGGUCCUGGUGAAAAGCCAAUGAUUGGUGUUAACUACAAGGGUGAGGACAAGCAAUUUGCUGCUGAGGAAAUUUCGUCUAUGGUACUCAUAAAGAUGCGUGAGAUUGCUGAAGCUUACCUCGGUUCAACUGUGAAGAAUGCCGUUGUUACAGUUCCAGCUUACUUCAAUGAUUCGCAGCGUCAAGCCACAAAGGAUGCCGGUGUCAUUGCAGGACUCAAUGUCUUGAGAAUUAUCAACGAGCCAACAGCUGCAGCUAUUGCGUACGGACUUGACAAAAAGGCUACAAGUGUUGGCGAGAAGAAUGUGUUGAUCUUUGACUUGGGAGGUGGUACUUUUGAUGUGUCUCUUCUUACUAUUGAAGAGGGUAUUUUUGAAGUUAAGGCUACUGCUGGUGAUACCCAUCUUGGUGGUGAAGAUUUUGACAACAGAAUGGUUAAUCAUUUUGUUCAGGAGUUUAAGAGGAAGAACAAGAAGGAUAUUAGUGGAAACCCUAGAGCACUUAGGAGGUUGAGGACAGCUUGUGAGAGAGCGAAGAGAACUCUCUCUUCUACUGCACAAACUACCAUUGAGAUUGAUUCUUUGUUUGAGGGUGUUGAUUUUUACACCACAAUCACCCGUGCAAGAUUUGAGGAACUUAACAUGGAUCUGUUCAGAAAGUGUAUGGAGCCUGUUGAGAAGUGUUUGAGAGAUGCUAAGAUGGACAAGAACUCUGUUCAUGAUGUUGUUCUUGUUGGCGGUUCAACUAGAAUUCCCAAAGUUCAGCAACUGUUGCAAGAUUUCUUCAAUGGUAAAGAGCUUUGCAAGAGUAUCAACCCAGACGAGGCUGUUGCUUAUGGUGCCGCUGUACAAGCAGCAAUUUUGAGUGGUGAAGGCAAUGAAAAGGUUCAAGAUUUGCUGCUUUUGGAUGUCACUCCAUUGUCUCUGGGUCUAGAAACUGCUGGUGGUGUCAUGACUGUAUUAAUUCCAAGGAACACCACAAUUCCAACCAAGAAGGAGCAAGUUUUCUCUACUUACUCAGAUAACCAACCUGGUGUGUUGAUCCAAGUUUAUGAAGGUGAGAGAGCAAGAACCAGAGACAACAACUUGUUGGGAAAAUUCGAGCUUUCUGGCAUUCCUCCAGCACCCCGUGGUGUUCCUCAAAUCACAGUUUGCUUCGACAUUGAUGCCAAUGGUAUCUUGAAUGUCUCUGCUGAGGACAAAACAACUGGGCAGAAGAACAAGAUUACCAUCACCAAUGACAAAGGUAGGUUGUCUAAGGAAGAAAUUGAGAAGAUGGUUGAGGAAGCAGAAAAAUACAAGGCUGAAGACGAGGAACACAAAAAGAAGGUUGAUGCAAAGAAUGCUUUGGAAAACUACGCUUACAACAUGAGGAACACAAUUAAAGACGAGAAGAUUGGUUCAAAGCUUUCACCUGAGGACAAAAAGAAGAUUGAUGAUGCAAUUGACGCUGCAAUUCAGUGGUUGGACAGUAACCAGUUGGCAGAGGCUGAUGAGUUUGAAGAUAAGAUGAAGGAACUUGAGAGCCUUUGCAACCCAAUCAUUGCCAAGAUGUAUCAAGGUGGAGGUGCUCCUGAUAUGGGUGGUGGUAUGGAUGAUGAAGUUCCUCCAGCAGCAGGUGGUGCUGGUCCUAAGAUUGAAGAAGUCGAUUAAAUUUAAUGUUUGAUUAGUUAGACGGGGGUCAUAUAUUGCGGUCAAGGUCCUUUCAUUUCCUUGUUUUAGAUAUUUUGGCCAGUGUUUUGGGGUUUACCUUCUGAUAUGGGAUAUGGUGGUGGUGAUUAGAGGGUUAUUUUGUUUGAUUUUGAGCAGUACAUGUCGAUGAAAGACUUUUGAAUUCUUUUUGGUAAUGGAAUGAAACAAUUUUACUGGCCAACUUGAUUCCUUUAUUCUAUUUCUCUACGAUUUGCUAUA